AUGGCAGACAGUCUCUACGGCAUCAAGCAGGCCUCCAAGACCAAAGCCAAGGAAAUUUCAUCCUCCACUUCUCUCGCGUUCACUACCAACUUGGCGUCACUGAUCUCCAGCUCGUCCUCUGCCAAAGCCAAGCACACGUCUGGCCGGUCGCGUCCUUCCAAGGAGAAGUCGGACAUCUUCACCACCCACAACAAGAAUGUCAAGAAGCGGUCCGCAGCCGACCUCGAGGAUGACCAGCAGCAACGCCACAAGACCAGGGAUGAUAUCGGUUCGGUCGACGAUGCCGAGUUGUAUAGAUCCAAGAGGAGGAUGCAGGACAAAGUCCGUCUGUACAAUGCCAUGAAGCGCGGCGAAUACAUCGGCAAAGAGGACUAUGAUAAUCGUGGACUGGUCGAUUUCGAUCGCAAAUGGGCGGAGGAUCAAGCAAAUGGUGAAGGAGGUGAUUCUGACAGCUCCGACUCCGACGACGGCAGUCAAGUCGGAGAAGAAGAGAUUGUGGAAUAUCUGGACGAGUUCGGCCGCCUCCGAAAAGGGACAAAAGCGCAGGCUGCGCGUGAAGAACGGAGGAAACGGAUGCAGGCCAAUGCCGCCGAAGAAGAGGAGCGACUCUCUGCGAGACCGUCAAUGCCGGGUAACGUUCUCUACGGAGAUACUAUCCAACACCAGGCUUUCAACCCUGACCAAGCCAUUGCCGAGCGCAUGGCCGAGAUCGCGAAGAAACGGGACAAAUCCGCCACUCCCCCUCCGGAUACACACUACGACGCUAGUGCCGAAAUCAGGACCAAAGGCACCGGGUUCUACACGUUUAGUAAAGAUUCGGAAGAGAGGAAGCGAGAAAUGGACGCUCUUGAGAAGGAGAGACUCGAGACAGAGAGAGUACGAAAGGAGAGGGACGAGAAGAAAGAGCAAAGGAAGAAAGAAAUCGAGGAGCGGCGCAAGGCGAUUGCCGCACAGAGGGCGAAGGCGCAGGCUGACAAGUUUCUCAACGAUCUUGAUAUUGAAGGCUUCUGA